AUGCCGUUGCUAUCGAGAAAACCGUUCCAUCACGAGCACCACUCGUCACAUUCGCCGCCACCCUCCAUAAAGAGCUCGAAGUCCUUUUUAGGAUUUAUGAGUAGGAAACCUAGCAGUGAUUCAUUAAAGAGUGAACGAUCGCAGGAUUCAUUGAAGUCGUUGAAUACAUCGAAUAAUCACAAUAAUGCGAGCUAUACUCAUCUGAACGACUCCAUGACCGCGUCGCCGAAACAGAGUCACUCGAUGGCUGAAUUGAAGAGAUUUUUCAGAUCUUCCACAAAGAAGAACUUAUCUAUGGCGCAGCUACGUUCAAAGAAUGCAUCUCCUACUAGUUCUGCAUCUUCAUCAACAGUGAAUUUGGCGUCACAUUUCAAUUUGGCUAUGACGUCAAAGUCACACACAAAUCUACAUGACACUCAUAAAGGUGAACAUGCUGGAGAGCAUCACCAUCAUCAACAUAAAGGUUACUCGAGUACGGCCUCUCUAUCGGCUAUGAUGCAUGGGAAACAUCACCAUCCCCAUGGAUCUACGGAUCACCACGUACAUACACAGUCUGCUAUCCCACCAACUUCUGAUUCUAUUUUAUCAUUAUCCAAUAACAUCAAUAUCUAUCAUGAUGAUUCGAUCCUUGCCCAAAAGUAUGGUAAACUAGGUAAGCUAUUGGGUUCUGGUGCUGGGGGAUCGGUUAAGAUUUUGACUAGACCGACUGAUGGAGCUACAUUUGCUGUUAAGGAAUUUAGACCUAGGAAACCGAAUGAAUCGGUGAAAGAGUAUGCCAAGAAAUGUACUGCAGAGUUCUGUAUUGGUUCUUCUUUGCAUCAUCCUAAUGUCAUUGAGACUGUCGAUGUCUUUUCGGACUCUAAACAGAACAAAUACUAUGAAGUCAUGCAAUAUUGCCCGAUAGAUUUCUUUGCUGUUGUAAUGACUGGUAAGAUGUCCCGUGGUGAAAUUAACUGUUGUUUGAAGCAAUUGACAGAAGGUGUCCGCUAUUUGCACUCUAUGGGUUUAGCUCAUAGAGAUUUGAAGCUGGAUAACUGUGUGAUGACCGCUGAUGGUAUUAUUAAGCUGAUUGAUUUUGGUAGUGCAGUUGUAUUUAGGUAUCCAUUUGAAGAUGAUGUUACUAUGGCUCAUGGUAUAGUCGGUAGUGACCCAUAUCUAGCUCCAGAAGUUAUAACUUCAACAAAAUCUUAUGAUCCUCAAUGUGUUGAUAUCUGGUCCAUCGGUAUUAUAUACUGUUGUAUGAUGUUAAAGAGGUUCCCUUGGAAAGCCCCUCGUGAAAGUGAUGAGAAUUUCAGGUUGUACUGUAUGCCAGAUGAAGUUCCGCAUGAUUACGUAGAGUCUGCCAGACACCAUGAUCAGCUAUUGAAGGAAAGAAGAGAAAGAAAGCAUAAGCAUUUGGAACCCGAACAGAACCCACAUAUAAUAGAUAAUGCUAGCGAGACAAAGGUACCAUCUCAUCUGAAUAUAGUACAAGGUAUUGCUGAUAAUAAGUCUAGCGAAGGUAAUGGAACCCAAGUACAGGACAACAGCCAGAAGAACAAUCUUCCAACACCUAAAGUUUCAGGAGAAGAUGGCGAGAAUGAGCAAAAGGCUAAAGAAAAUCUUCAAGAUCAAGAUGGAGUGGUAAAUAAGCCACAUACCAUUGAGCACACAGAGUCACAUGAUUUGAAAUCCAUUCCUUCACAUAAGCCUGCACAUCAUAGGAAAACUAUUAGAGGACCUUAUAGACUUCUACGUUUGCUACCUCAUGCUUCUAGACCAUUGCUGUCUAAAAUGCUUCAAGUUGACCCCAAACAAAGGGCUACUUUCGAAGAUAUUUAUGCAGAUGAGUGGUUUCAUAAUAUACCAUUUUGUACAAUGGAUGAAAAGAAGAAUGUUGUCAGAGCACCUGGCCAUCAUCAUACCAUAGUUAAAGAGGUUGACUCGCAUAUGGAAACAUAUAAAAUUUAG